GUAUACCGUUGCUUUUUGCCGGCAAACUUACAAUUUCAAAAGUUAUUAUCCAUCUGCAACAAAAUAUGUUCUCACUAAUCUUCAAAACUGGUUUCCUCUUCUCUUUCACCCAAUCACACACAAACACACACAUAAAUCUUCAACAAUAUUAUUCUCUGGUGAUUAUCUUUCUUGAUUGCUUUUCACAAGCCAAGAAGAAUCUAUCUCUUCAUCCAUCUCAAAACGCUACCUUUCGUUUCCUUAUCUCAGAGAUUCCCUUGCCUUUUCUUUUUCUUUUUUCCUCAAAACUCUUACCUUUUUAUCCCCAUCAUGCCAUUGUUCCUUCUUCUACCCUUCUUUUUUUCCUCUUUUCAGACCACCCUUUUGGUCCCUAUCGCUAUCUUGCUUCGGUUUUUCGGGUUUUGGGAUAAUCUUUUUUUUUUUUUUUUGGUUUUUUGAAACCCUUGUAUACAUACGUCUUGAAACAUACCGAUCAUGUCGUCUUCUGGGAAUGUUAGACAUCUCUCUCAGCCUUGUGUUAAUGGAGACGUUUUUUCUUCACACGCAGAGAGGAAAUCCCGGUUUAUGAAAUGGAUGCGUAGUUUUUUCAAAGGUGGGUCGCAGUCGAAUCGUGGGUCGGUUAAUGGUGGUAAUCCUUCCCCUCAGUUUAUUGGAGACGGAAGUAUGGUAUCGCGUGCUCCUGUUAGAUCUUUGGAUAAUCGCUCAAGGAGUGAUAAAGAGAAGGAAGAAUUAGAUCGCGCAAUUGCACUUUCUUUGGCCGAAGGGUUGAAGAAACCAAAUGGAUACGGGUGGCAACCAAGGAAUAACGAAGAUCUUCCAAAAUCUCAUCCAGAUGACUUUGAUCCACCAUACCCUUCAUACGCACCUAAUGAAUAUAAUCCCAUGGGGUAUAGAGUAUGUGGCGGCUGCCACCGUGAAAUCGGUUAUGACAGUUAUUUGGGAUGCAUGGGUACCUAUUAUCAUCCAGAGUGCUUUCGUUGUCAUGCUUGUGGUCACCCGAUCACUGAACUUGAGUUCUCGUUAUCAGGGAAUGAGUCCUACCAUAAGUCCUGCUUCAAAGACUUGACUCAUCCCAAAUGUGAAGUCUGCUUUCAAUACAUUCCCACAAACGUAGACGGGUUGAUUGAGUACCGAUGCCACCCGUUUUGGUCGCAGAGGUAUUGUCCUGCUCACGAGCAUGAUAAUACCGCUCGAUGUUGUAGUUGUGAACGAUUGGAGUCUGUGAAUGUUCGGUACAUCUCGUUAGGAGAUGGAAGGAGUUUAUGCUUGGAAUGCAUGGAAUCUUCAAUAAUGGAUACAGGCGACUGCCAACCGCUUUACCACUCCAUUAGAGAUUUCUACGAGGGAAUGAACAUGAGACUCGAUCAACAAAUUCCCAUGCUUCUUGUUGAAAGACACGCCCUUAACGAUGCGAUUGUUAAGGACAAAAACGGGUUCCAUCAUUUGCCUGAGACAAGGGGCUUAUGCCUUUCUGAAGAGCUGACCAUUGCAAGUGUACUGAAAAGGCCAAGAAUCGGUGGCAAUCGGUUUGUUGGAAUGAGAACUCGGCAUCAGAAACUUACGCGUAGAUGUGAAGUUACCGCCAUUCUUGUUUUAUAUGGUCUUCCAAGGUUGCUAACCGGAUCCAUUCUCGCUCAUGAGCUAAUGCAUGGCUGGUUACGUCUUAACGGUUACAGGAACCUGAAUCCUGAGGUAGAAGAAGGUAUCUGUCAAGUGCUUGCAUAUAUGUGGCUAGAAUCUGAGAUCAUGCCCGGAUUAAAAAACAUGCCAUCAACAUCAUCAUCCGGCUCAAAAAAAGGUGGGAAAUCAAGGGCUGACAAUAAAUUAGGUGAAUUUUUCAUGCAUCAGAUACAUAACGAUGCAUCACCAGCAUAUGGAGGAGGUUUUAGAGCUGCUAACACAGCUGUUAAUAAAUAUGGUUUACGAAGAACGCUGGAUCACAUUCGUCUCACGGGAAGCUUCCCUGUGUGAUUUCGGGCCUUUUUUAUACAUUAUAUAUAUAUUUUUUAAAGCUGUUUUGUGCAAUUUGCUCUUGAGGAUCGAUAUGAUCGUAUGAUUCCAAGUUUUUAUGGAGUUGUUUUGGAGAUACUGUGCAAGAAAAUGGCUGAGAGUUUGUUCUUAAUUUGUUUGCAAUAAGUCUCCAAAAGGGAUUUAUUUCUGUAA